AUGUCUCUCCAGCAAAGCAACGCUGCAGGAGGAAUUCACGGGCUGCUUUUGAAACUUCACGAAGCGCUCGCAGACCCGGAUAUUCGUCGCGCGUCUCUGAGAGCUCAAGACCUAGUCAGAGACUUGGGGCAGACGUGCAUGCUAACACCCAGCGACAAUGAACUGGCCUUACAGACAUCCUUGUUGUUCUCAAAAGACUAUGGGCUGCUCAUCUUCCUCAGGGAGUCUUUACCACACGAUGAGGUGGGAACUAAAAAUGCAGCUAGAAAAAAAAUAUGUCUCAUGUCGAUAAGUAAUGUAAAAUAUUUUUUCCCCCAGCUCCGGGAUGCCAGGAUUAAGACAUUGUGUUUUUUGGAGAAGUUUUUGGAGAAGCUUUCUCCAAAGGUCAAAGGAUGGGAGAAGACAUACGCCAUUGAUAUAAGAGACACUUGUAUGACGGUGUAUACAAAAGACAGAACAGCUAAAUGUAGGACUGCAGAUCUGGAGCUGCUUAUCAAGGUUCUUCUAACAACAAAAGCUUCCACUGUGGCCGCGGAGAUGAGAAUUGGUGAAAUAUUCACUAAAUUUUACACUGAACUUUGUCAUAAGAGCAAACUUCCAGAUUCAGUCCUUAGCACCAUCUAUGGAUUGCUGGGAAUUAUCGCAGAAGUUCACCCCAGUGACAUGGUCAACUACUAUGACAAACUCUACAAAGCCUAUCGAGGGGAACUCAAAGAACAGAUGACGUCUGCAACAAAAGAGCCCAAACUCAUCGUGGUUGCUGGAUGUUUGAGAGGAAUCACUGCUCUCAUGGUUAACUUCACGAAAACAAUGGAGGAAGAUCCAGAAACAUCCAAAGAAAUCUUUCAAUAUUCUCUAAAGGCAAUUAGUCCACAGAUGGAAAUGAGUCGAUAUGCUGUAACUUUCGCCGGGCUGAGAUUGUUCGCCAGGCACGCAUCCCAAUUUAGCAGCUGCCUCAUAAGCCACUACAGAGAGGUGUUUGAUGCCAUGUCCAAGCUCUGCGGUCACAUCAACACUGAAAUGAAGAAGACUAGUUACUACGCACUGGAAGCCUUCCUAAAGCAGGUUUCGAUACUCGUGGCGGAAAAUAUUGAGGAGCACAAAAGCAAGUUGAAGUUCUUCAUGCAAAAGUUCUGCAACAUCAUCAAGACCAUGGAGUCAACCCACAAAGAAUUAUCCAUCGCUAUACGAGGAUAUGGAUUUUUUGCAGCUCCAUGCAAGAAAGUUUGCCCGCAAGACGUGGAGUUGAUGUACACAGAGCUAAUUCAACGCUGUAAGCAGAUGUACCUGACUGAGUCGGACAGGGAGGACGAAAGCUUCUACCAACUACCCAGCUUUCUGGACUCGAUCGCUAGUGUCCUGAUUCACCUGGAUAAGGUUCCAGAGGUGUACACUCCGCUACUGGAACGUCUGGUGGUGGUGCAGAUUGACAGUUUCCCUCAGUACAGUGAGAAGAUGCAGAUCACUUGUUGCAGAGCCAUCAUUAAAGUCCUGGUGGCCAUGGCCUCCAAAGGACCUGUUCUGUGGAGUUUCAUUAGCUCCGUGGUGCACCAGGGAUUGAUUCGUGUCUGUUCCAAACCUAUGGUCACCGAGAGCAAAGAUUCUGAAAAUGAUUCGUUUGGCUCAUCUGAAGUUCGAAUUGGAAAAGCGAAAAUUCCAUCCAGUAAGAACUAUCUCGCCUUGUACAGAGGCCUGCUAGACUGUGAUCGGUUGAAGGAUUCAGGAUUUUUGGACGGAGCUUUUGAACAUCAGAACGCCGCUCUAGUGUCCCUGAGUCGCAUUCUUUACGACGAGCUGGUCAAAUCGCUUCUCUUGAUCAUCGAGAAAUUAGACUUGUCAUUGCAGAAGGUCACCCCAGGGGAGGAGGCUUCAGAAGAUGCGACUCACGUCGUGCCUUCUUCUGACCCUACGGCUCAUCUUUUGCCCAAUAAGAUGAAAGACUUCACCGCAUUUAUUAACUUAGUCGACUUUUGCAGUGAGUUAUUACUUCAUAAGCACAUUGAGUAUUUCCAAACUUGGAUGUACCCGUUCAGCCACAAGCUUAUCCUGCAGUCACUUCGAAACCCGCUUGUCAGUGGAUUUUACAAGUUGCUCUCAGUCACCAUGAAAAUUGCCGAGAAAAUAAAGUAUUAUAAGGGUGUUGAAAGCUCAGCUUCAACUCAGGGUGACACAGUGAGAAGUGCUUGCUUUGCCCUCUUCUCCAAAUUUGGAAAAGAGGUCUGUGUGAAGAUGAAGCAGUACAAAGAUGAGCUGCUGGCAUCCUGCUUGACCUUUGUCCUCUCGCUGCACCACAACAUUGUUGCCGUGGAUAUCAAGGUGUACUGUCCCGCUUUGGAGGCAGCUUUGAAGUUGGGUCUUAGUCAUGUCCCUUUAGCGAAUGCAGCCCUCCAUGCUUUAGAGGACUGGUCCAGCCACAUCCCUCCGGAGAACAUGGAGCCUUGCUACAAGCUCAUCCUCCCGCUUCUGGAUGGGUACCUAAAAACCAACGGCAACAACGACAAAGAGGAUGGUGUGUGGGAGGUGAUGUCUUCUUUGUCCUCAAGAAGUGACGUUGGCUACAGCCGAGUGCUGACAAGACUUCUGAAGAAAUCCAACCAGCUUGCCAUGGAGGAUGCCCCUCUUACCACGGUGAGGCUCAGGGUGGUGAAGUUGCUCGGUCACUUGGGCGGGAAGCUCAACAGAAAUCUCAUAACUGUGGUCUCCUCAGAGGAGAUGAUGAAGAAGUUUGUCGCCUGGGAUACCGAGAAGAGGCUGAGCUUUCCCGUGCCGUUCACCGACAUGAAGCCAGUCAUCUACCUCGAUCCUUUCCUCCCUCGGAUCAGCGAGCUCGCCCUGUCUACGAGUGACAGACAAACCAAAGUAGCAGCUUGUGAGCUGCUCCACAGCUUGGUCCUCUACAUGGUUGGGAAGAGUGCUCAGAUGGUGGAAGGAGAGAAUCGUUUACCACCAAUGUACAAGCUGCACAAGAGACUUUUUCCCGUGCUGCUCCGCCUGGCCUGCGAUGUCGAUCAAGUGACUAGGCAGCUCUUUGAACCACUGGUUAUGCAGCUGAUCCACUGGUUUACUAACAAUAAGAAAUUUGAGAGCCAAGAUACAGUGGCUGUUCUGGAAGCCAUUCUGAACGGUAUCGUUGACCCCAAAGACAGCACGCUCCGAGACUUCAGCGGCCGCUGCAUCGAAGAGUUCGUCAAAUGGUCAAUUAAACAAACCAGCCCCAAGCAGCAAGAGAAGAGCCCUGCAAAUAUGAAGUCAUUGUUUAAACGCAUCUACAGCUUGGCUCUACAUCCAAGUGGCUUCAAGAGGCUGGGCGCAGCUUUAGCUUUCAAUAGUAUCUACAGACAAUUCAGGGAGGAAAAUUCUUUGGUGGAGCAGUUCAUCUUUGAAGUACUUGUUAUUUUUGUCGAGAGCCUGGCUCUUGCGCACACAGAUGAGCGAUCGAUGGGUACACUGCAGCAGUGCGGCAGUUCAAUCGAUCAUCUGAAACGGAUCAUCAAGUAUAAGGCCCCCGCUCUCAAUAACGGCAAUCCUAAAAGACGCAUCCCAAGGGGCUUUCCAGUUGAUGAAAAGAUCUGCCUGUCCGACAUGGUUUUAUGGCUUCUGGAACAAUGCGGACGACCUCAGACUGAAUGCCGCCACAAAUGUUUGGAGCUUUUCUAUGAGUUUGUGCCUCUCCUCCCCGGAAAGAAGUCUCCUCCACAAUGGCUGGAGGGUGUGCUAAACGAUCAUGGUGUUGCUUUCUUGGUCGGCAAGUUUGAAGGUGGAGGUCUACUCUCCCAACCGACUCUCAGGAACUUGGUAGAGCCUUUUAGUGUAAAAGCCACUCUGCACUGGAUGGACCUUCUUCUGGCUGCGCUUGACUGCUACAACACCUUCAUCAAUCUGCAUAUAAUUAAGCCCAAUCACAUGCUUAAUUCCAAGGAUGAAUCAAGUUUUCUGCAGGCCGUACGUUUCUUUUUGACCGAGCUAGCAACUCAAGAGCUGGCAGCGGCCGAGGGCUGCUUCCAUCAUGGUCAGAAGAACUCUCACUUCAGUCCGAUAGAGGUGGAGCAAUACAACUACAGCAAAUGCACAAUCAUUGUUCGCCUGCUGGAGUUUACUACUAUGGUCCUAGUCAAAGGGGGUGAAGACUUUUGCAAGCUUCUCGAAGAAGAUAUCUUCAGCGCUGUAUUUUUUGAGCUGACUGCCAUGGUGGUGUGUCAGCCAUCCUCUGUGGGCUUCAACAUGGCGGAUGUAGAUAUCAUUAAGAAUCUACCUGAAGUAUGUAUUCCCCUACUCAAAGCCCUGCAAGGAUCACCAUACCACGCUCAGGUGGAAUGUAACUUGAAGAAAAGAAUUUCACACAAAAGUGUUGAGCAGCUAUGUGCUGUAGACCUCUACCACUCCGGACACCACGGCCAGAUGGAAAUGGUUCUGUCUUCAUGUAAGCAGAUCCACAAAGCCGGUUUCCUCUGCUCCAUUCUGAAGAACCAGGAUUCCGAUCCUGCCAAAUCACUUCUCCUGACGGUAUAUAACGGGAUAGCACCUGGCGACAGGAAGUCACUUCCAUCCUUGGACAUAAAUAGCAAGAAGCUAGCUGAGGGUCUCCUUCAGCUUGCCUUUUCUCUGUCUCCAAUGGGCGAGCAGCUGCUGGACAUUCUGCUGACUGGAAGUCACGGCCAGAGCUUCUUGAGCUUCUCCCACCCCGAGUACUUCUACAGCCUCUUCCCGACGGCCAUCAACACAGAGCUGCUUCGAAACAUAAAUAAGACAGUUCCUCGUCUCAUGAUGGCCUCCUCACUCAACCCCAGCAUGGUUAGUGUGGUGCUGAAUGGGAUGCUGGAUCACAGUUUUCGGGAGCGUUCUGUUCGGAAAACUCAGGGAAAACAGCUAGUGGAGGAAGUUCUAGGAGGAUGGAAUAGCCUGCAGUCAUGGUGGGAUGGACAUGCCUCAAAUGCAGAGAGCAAAACUGCCACUCUUCUGCUACUCUCCAAACUCCUACAGAUCGACUCAUCCGUGUGCUCCAAUGUCAACCACGAAGGAUUCAAGCCAGUGUUUUCCACUUUUACCAAGCUCCUGGUUGACACCAGCCUACCACUGAAUCUCAAGAGUCAAGCCCUGCUGGUGUUGCCUUUCUUUACAACGGUUCCAGAAGAACAACUAGCUGAGCUGCAGGGAGCACUGGAGAGCUUGGUGGCCUCCCACUUUCCGAUGCAAUCGGAUGAAUUUGCAAAGGGGUCCCUUCACCGUAACAACUACAUGGACUGUAUUCGAAAGCUUCUGGAUGCCCUUGAACUUUCUCACAGCCCACUUCUGCUCAAACUGCUCGCUGAGAUUCUGUGUCGUGACAGAAAGCACAUCAUGGAAGAGCAGUUUCAAACAUGCUUCCAAAGAAUUGCUAAACGACCAAGCAGUGAACGACAGUUGCAGCUGCUCUGCACGAUAUACGGAAUGAUCCAGAAGAGUGACGUGCCUAGGAGCAGUGUGCUUCAGGCCAUGGUGGAAAGAGUUCUUCUGCCUCUCACCUUUCACUGUAGCACCAAGACACUCAUUGACUUCUUUGUGGCCAACGUUUCCAACAUAAUGACGUUGCUCCUCAGUCGCGUCACUAAGGCAAGCGAAUCAGCAUUUGAGAUGCAAUUGUUGAAGAAGAACGGCUGCUUCAAGCUUAUGGAGCUCCUGUAUUCUCGGCUUCCCAAAGAGGAAGUUUAUUCGAAGGACUCACGCAUCAAUUCAGCUUACUGCGGUACAGACAAAACCGAAGGGAACGAGCUAUCGAAGAAAUUGCUCAAGUCGUGUUUUGAAACGUUCACCGAGAAUAUGGCUGGGGAGACUCAGCUUCUGGAGAUUAGGAGACAGUACCACUGUGCCGCGUACAACUGCGCCAUGGCUGCCGUCAGCUGCAGCUUCAGUGAGCCCAAAUUCUAUUCCGGCUUCCUCUUCAGUGACAAACCAGAAAAGAGCCAAUUCAUUUUGGAAAAUAUCAUUGACGUGGAAAGAACCUACAAUUUCCCAGUUGUCAUUGAGGUCCCGCUUGAGAGAAAAAAAAAGUAUACUAUGAUUCGAAAAGAAGUGAGCGAAGAGAAUGGAGAGGCACCAGUAUAUUUGUCCUCCCAGUCCUACAUGGCUGACAGCAGUUUGAGCGAGGAGAUGAGUCAGUUUGAUUUCUCCACCGGCAUACAAAGCUUUUCCUACAGCUCCCAAAAUCCAGAAGGGCAGAGACGAACGAUAGCGAAAGCUCAGACAGAUGAGACACCCUACUCCCCGGAUGCAGCAGUAGACCUGGAAAUGGAUGAGCUCAAUCAGCAUGAAUGUAUGGCGAACAUGACAGCUCUCAUUGGUCACAUGCAAAGGAACAACAUAACUCCCAAAAUUGAACAGGGAAAGGUCCCCAGUGACCUUCCUCCAUGGAUGAAAUUUCUACAUGGGAAAUUAAUGAAUCCUGCCACACCACUGAAUAUCAGACUCUUCAUUUCAAAGCUAAUCAUCAACACAGAGGAGGUCUUUCGACCAUAUGCCAAGCACUGGCUGGGACCGCUCCUACAGCUUGUUGUAUCUGAAAACAAUGGAGGAGAGGGUAUCCAUUUUAUGGUCGUGGAUAUUGUGGUCACAGUAUUGUCUUGGACAAGCUUAGCUAGACCAAAGGGUAACGUCAGGGAUGAAGUGCUGGCCAAUCGGCUGUUAGAGUUUCUAAUGAAGCAUAGCUUUCACUCGAGAAGGUCUGUGUUUCGUCAUAACCUGGAGAUCAUUCGUACUCUGGUGGAGUGCUGGAAAGACUGUCUUUAUGUGCCUCACAGUCUGAUCUAUGAGCGCUUCUGUGGCACGGACCCAAACAGUAAAAACAACUCAGUUGGACUUCAGUUGCUUGGAAUCAUCCUGGCCAACAACCUCCCUGCUUACGAUGCCUCUUGUGGAAUUCAGUAUGAUCGGUACAUCAAGUCCCUCACCAACAACAUUACCAUCGUAAGAUAUAAAGAUGUCUACUCAGCUGCUGCUGAGAUUAUUGGACUCAUCCUAAAGAACAUGACCGACAAUGAAAAGCAUAACCAAGAGCUUCUCAGUCUUGCCGCCCAUCAGAUAACAAGUCUGAAGAAAAAAGAGAUGAAUGACAAAUUCAUUAUUUGUGUGAACAAAGUGUCGAAGCACUUUCCUCCUUUCAUGGAUGGGUUUGUCAAUCCUGUGCUCUACCAGCUUCCGAAGAUGCACGGCACAUUAAAAAUUAAUUGUUUGGAGUGCGUGUUGAGUCGAGCUGAUGUCAUCCCGGAUAUUUUUUUACAGCUUAAGACCACAGGAUUUAUUCAGAUAAUGGGCUAUAGGGACGAAGCAAUGCAAAUCGUGUGUCUUGAUAUCAUCCACAAAAUUCUUCCUCGCCUGACUCCGGCACAGCUUCAGGAGUUCCUCAUGACCGUCACAUCAUUCGUCUCGCACCCUUCACCGGUGUGCCGUGAGCGAAUGUAUGACAUCCUCAUGUGGAUCCAAGACAACUACAGUGAUGACGAGAGCAUGUCAGACAACACCUCGCUGGAAAUUUUGAACGCAGCUAAAGAAACGCUACUUCAAGGAUUGUCUGAAGAGAACCAAGGCCUUCAGCUGUAUGUUCGUAAUUUCUGGAGUCAGGAGAAGCGACUUCCGACCGCAACUCUGGAGCGAAUGUUAACCGUGCUUCGUUCAUUGUACACUUGUCGAAUAGAAAGAUGUUUCUUAAGUUUGGCGACCAACCUCUUGUUGGAAAUGACUAGUCAGAGUCCCGACUUCAAACGAAACAUAUUUGAGUAUCCUCUCUCAGAAUGCACCUUCCAGGAUUAUUUGAUUGAUUCCAAUUGGCGCUUCAGGAAUACGGUGAUGACUCCAAUGUUUGUCGAAACGCAAAACUCUCAAGGCCCGGAGAGCGUGGCACCUUCCCAAUCGGGAGCCAUGAAGGGGAAGCUUCGAGCCACGCAGACCUCACUUCAGUUUACGCAAACACAAAUACCAGGUCGCCAUACAGCGUAUAACUGGCUUACCGGCAGCAGCGUGGACACAUUUGCGGAGUAUUCGCCGUCUGAGUCCUCCUUGAUGGUCUUUGAGAAGAAAGCGGCGAGGCAAAGUACAGCAAGACGACCGGUAGGGGAAGGCUUUGGACAAAGGCGCAUCGCCGCAUCGACAGACGAGGUGGACAAUCCUGCAAAAGCGGAAAAUGAACGUCGUCAAAAAAUCCUUCAAUUGAGACGCAGAUUUCUCAAGGACCAAGAGGAGAGCUUGAUUUUUGCCCAAAAAGAGGUCCAAAAACAAAAGCGACUCAAGGAGCAAAAAGCCGAUCAAAGGUUGCGAAAGGAAGCUCAGGUGACUCUGUAUCGCAACUACAGAGUAGGAGACUUUCCAGACGUCCAAAUUCCAUACAGUAACCUUAUUGCCCCACUUCAAGCGGUCGCGCAGAGAGAUCCGAUUCUGGCCAAACAACUGUUCAGUUCACUGUUCACUGGCAUCCUGGAAGAAAUGGAAACGCAGAAACCCAGGCAGCAAGCAGUUGAAAUCAAAGAGGACCUCCGAUGCAUCAUGAACGAAUUCCUGAGCAAGAGUACGCUCUGCUUCCCGCCGUUUAUCGCGUGUGUGCAGGACAUGUGCUACCGGCAUAAAGAUCUCCUGCAUAUCGAUCCAGCACUUGUAAGCUCAACAAGCCUGGCAAGUCUCCAGCAGCCAUCGGGCGUCCUGCUCUUGGAAGAAGGUCUUCUGCACAUCGGCAUGCAAGAUGAACCUCCCAGAAAAAAGUCACGAGGAAGCAAAGAAAUCCCCCCGGAUACCAAAAAAUGGGUCCACCUUGCAAGGCUUUACAGAGACUUGGAGGAUUACGAUGUCGUCCGCGGCAUCUUUGCAGGUAAAGUCGGGACCAUGCCGAUCACCAGUGCUGCUCUUCAAGCUGAAGCCUGCACUGACUUUGCUGAAGCUGCUAAGCUUUACAACGAGGCUCUCAACACCAAACACUGGACGGAUGGUGAGCCCACUGACUCUGAGAAGGACUUUUGGGAAAUUGCUGCAAUGGAGGCCUACAGCCAUUUAACCGAUUGGAAAUCUCUUCAGUACUGUUCCACCUAUUGCAUUGAUGAGAAUAGCUCGGCUAAUCUUGACAACAUGUGGCUUGAACCUCUCUACCAGGAGAUGUAUCUGCCGCACAUGAUUCGAAGCAUGCUCAAGCUGCUGCAAUUGGGUGAAGGAGACCAAAGUCUUCUCACCUUUAUGGACCAAGCCAUGAAAGUGGAAGAGCGUAAAAAGUUGCUGGAGAGUCGUUACAGCCAAGAGCUCAGCUUACUCUACAUCCUGCAGGAGGACUACGACCGCGCUAAAUACUACACCAACUCCGCCAUGCAGAUUUUCAUGGAGAGUUACUCAAGUGUGGACACGCUGCUGACUCAAAGUCGGCUUACCAUCUUGCAGUCGGUGCAGGCUUUGACGGAAAUCCAGGACUUCCUGCAGUUCAUGAAGGGAGAAGUAUCUGUGACAUCCCUCAAGCGGCUUAUCGAUUCAUGGACCGAGAGAUACCCUGAUGCUAAAAUGGAUCCAGUGAACAUCUGGGAUGAUAUAAUUACAUCCCGGUUUUUCUUCCUGGAUAAAAUCAGGGAGAAGCUUCAGAGCGACACAGACACUGACGGCAUGGAGGUGGACAACACCGACGACGCAGCAGAAGACCUCGAGGCUUUAGUUAACAACUGCAAGUUCAACAUGAAGUUGCACAUGGCGGAUAGCGCGAGGAAGCAGAAUAACUUUUCGGUCGCCACCAAGCUGAUGAAGGAACUUCACAAAGAUGCCAAAACGGAUAGAAAACAUUUGCUGCGUUGGGUUCACACUUUUAGCCGUUACGGACACAAACGCAUUCAAGCUCAGGGUCCUUUGGAGCAAGUCAAUAUUAUGAUCAAGGCCGUUCGACUUUUGGAGGAUAUUGAGGUGGACUGCCAAAAUGCUUCAUCUGGAGUGUACAGAGAGCAAAAGAUCCUUCAAGGAACAUCUUUCCACAUCAUGGCCAUGGCUGUACGCAAAAGUCCCUCGGUUCUGCAAUCCAUCGAAGCUGAAAAAGCAGACACAGUUGUCAAACUUUCAAAUAGUGCUUGGCCCAUUCAAGAUAUGAAGGAAGUGGAAGUGGGGCUGCAAUUACGAGCGUUGACGUUAAUGCGCGACGCCGCCAAAAAAGCUGAUGAGGAGCUGCAAAUUUCUAGACAGAGCUGUGCGGAAAUCAGCAGCAUUGUGGAAACGUACAUGUGUUUAGCGGAUUUCUGUGACAAACUGCUGCGUCAAGAAGAUCAGGGUGACACGAACAAUCAAUUCCCAGACCUCUUGACACUUCCGGCCCAUGUAGUGAGAAGCAUGUUAAAAGCCCUGAAAAUGAACUCGGAGGAGGCUCGUCUCAAAUUUCCUCGAUUGCUGCAGCUCAUCGAGUUGUAUCCAUCCGAGACGUUGGACCUCAUGACAAACGAGAUGGCAUCAGUGCCCUGCUGGAUGCUGAUUGGUUGGAUCAGUCAGAUGGUGGCCCUCCUGGACAAGCCUCAAGCCGUGGCCGUGCAGGAUUGCAUUGAGCAGCUUGCCGAAUUUUACCCCCAAGCUCUGGUUUACGCUUUAAUGAUCAGUAGUGAAAGUUAUCACUUUGAGGACUCUGCCAUUGGCCACCGACAACAAGAAUUUGUCAACAGGAUGAAGAGCAUGCUGGAUAGAGGAGAAGCUGUGAAGAAAUUUGUGGAUGCACUGCAACAGCUCACAAAUCCUGAGAUGAUUUUCCGGGAUUGGUGGGAAAAUGUCAAAAACCAACUGGAAAAACCCGACUUCAGCAAGGAGAAAAUGGAGAGCUUAUACAACGAGAUGUAUUCUUCACUCGGGGAUUGGAAAAAAGAGGGUCAUGGGAUUUUUCGCCAGAGAUUUAUCAAAAGAUUUGCUAAAGAUAUGCAGAAUUUGCUGGGAAGCAAAGGCAGCAAAGUUUUUGAAAAGAGAAAACAAAAAGUCUUUUUGAAGAGUGUGGAUGAGUUUGCCUCUUCCAUGCGGGAGCGUAAAGAGGAACCCAGGAAUCUGAAGGAGUACUCACCCUGGCUGAGUGCAUUUCAAGCAGACCCGUUCAGAAACCAGCUGGAAAUCCCCGGUCAAUAUGAUGGCAAAUCCAAACCGUUGCCAGAGUAUCACGCCAAAAUAACUGGAUUUGAUGAAAGGGUAAAAGUCAUGUCGUCCAUGCGUCGUCCCAAACGUCUGAUCAUCCGCGGCGACGACGAGCGGGACCACCCUUUCCUGGUUAAGGGUGGAGAAGACCUGCGACAGGACCAGCGCAUCGAGCAGCUUUUCGCCGUCAUGAAUAUUCUGCUGAGUCGCGACGCAGCUUGCGCUCGCAGAGGCCUGCAGCUCCGCACGUACCAAGUCAUCCCCAUUAACACCAGAAUUGGAUUAAUUGAAUGGAUGGAGAACACGUGUACAUUGAGGGAGUUUCUGACAGCCACGAUGACUGAGGAGGAGUCCCACAGGGCAGCCAGGUCUGGUGACAUCUACAAUAAGUGGCUGUCCAGCUUUUCAUCAAGAUCAGAAAAUAAUCCAUUAAAAUUCUAUGUUUUGGCUUACAUGAGAGCAACACGCGACAAUGCCGUCGAUAACUUCUCUAAAAUGUCGCAGCAAGUGCCUGCUGAUCUCCUCAAGAGAGCUUUCCUAAAGAUGUGCAACAGUCCCGAGGCCUUUCUUUCCCUGCGUUCCCACUUCAUCAGCUCUCACGCUUUACUCUGCGUCAGCCAUUGGGUGCUGGGUAUCGGCGACCGACAUCUCUCCAACUUUAUGAUCAAUACGGAAACGGGAGGGAUGAUCGGCAUCGAUUUUGGUCAUGCGUUCGGCUCAGCCACACAGUUCCUCAACGUCCCCGAGCUCAUGCCUUUCCGCCUGACCGGACAGUUUGUCAAUCUGAUGCAACCCUUGAAAGAGUCCGGUUUGAUCCAGAGUGUCAUGGCGCACGCCCUCCGAGCGUACAGGAACGAGCCGGACCUGCUGCUCAACACUAUGGAUGUGUUCGUCAAGGAGCCGUCGCUGGACUGGAAGAAUUUUGAAAUUAAGCAACUGAAGAAGGGAGGUACGUGGACGGAGAGCGUGAAUACCAAAGAAAUCAACUGGUACCCGCUGCAGAAGGUGAACUUUGCGAGACGGAAACUGGAGGGCGCGAAUCCCGCCACCAUCACCAGUGAGGAGCUCAAGCUGGGCUUUGAGGGGCUUCCAGGAUCCGAGGGGAUGAAGGCGGUCGCCCUGGGGACGCCGGAGCACAACGUUCGCGCCAGGGAAGCGUCUGAAGGUCUGUCCGUGGAAAAGCAGGUGGAAUGUCUGCUCGACCAAGCCACGGAUGCAAAUGUGCUCGGGAGAGUGUAUGCGGGCUGGGAGCCAUGGAUCUGAUCAUGUGUUCUACGUUGAAUCCCAAACUGAUUUGGUGGGUGCUCCUAAUGAAAUUUUAUUAUUGGUGAUUCCAAAUAAAGGUGAAGAACUCUUUGA